AGGCGGGUAAAAUGGGCGACGUUCGGUGGAGGACGUUAAGCUUAGCAUUUUUGGUUCUUUCAUUGUUGGCAUCUAGUGCCGAUGGACAAUAUGGUGCUAUGUCGAUUGAUCUGGGUAGUCAAUUUAUAAAAGUUGGUUUCAUAAAGCCUGGAGUACCUAUGGAAAUCGUCCUCAACAAAGAAUCCCGUCGAAAAACACCGAAUGUGCUAUCUAUUCGAAAUGGUGAAAGGCUCUUUGGGGAUGCGGCUCAGGGCCUGGCUGCUCGAUAUCCGGCCAGCGUUUAUAGUCAUCUUUACGACUUGGUUGCGAAGCAUGUCAAUCAUCCAUCAGUAGAAAUGUAUCGACAACGGUUUCCACAUCUGAAGUUGGAGAAGCAUGUCAACAAUAGUGCAGUGGUUUUCCCGAUAGGCGACAUCAAUUAUCCCGUAGAAACGCUCUUGGCCAUGAUGCUAACUCAUGUGCGAGAAUUCACAGAAGCUUAUGCGGAGCAAAGCAUUCGUGAUGUAGUCAUCAGCGUUCCUGCUUUUUUUACACAACCAGAACGUAUGGUCAUUACAAAAGCGGCUGAGAUAGCGAAGUUGAACGUAUUGCAGCUAAUAAAUGAUGGAACCGCAGCCGCUUUGGAUUAUGGUGUUUUUCGGCAAAAAGAGAUCACCGAGAAGCCACAGCGACUCAUGAUCUACGAUAUGGGAGCUUCGAAGACAGUUGCUACUCUUGUGGAGUAUAGGUUGGCUAAGGCAAAGAAUGGAAAGGAACCUAAGUUGACUGUACUUGGAGUUGGAUUCGAUCGUACGCUUGGCGGACUGGAAAUGACGCUACGCUUGAGAGAUCUGCUGGUGAAAAUGUUCAAAGCGCAUUAUAAGACUCAGAAAGACAUCACUACUAACGAAAGAGCGAUGGCGAAGAUGUUGAAGGAAGCGGAAAGGUUGAAACAGGUACUCAGCGCAAAUCCGGAGCAUUAUGCCCAAGUGGAAAGCAUUCAUGAAGAUAUAGAUAUGAAGCUUCAUGUGACCAGAGACGAGUUCAAUAGUCUGAUAGACGGUUUGAUGAAACGAGUUCCCGCUCCAAUAGAGCAAGCUUUGAAAAUGGCCGAGCUGACUAUGGAUCAGGUAGACCAGAUCGUAUUGAUGGGUGCUGGUACUCGUGUACCGAGAGUACAAGAAGAAUUGCAAAAAUUUGUCGGAAGCAAGGAGCUGGGCCGCUUUCUGAACACAGAUGAAGCCAUAGCGAUGGGAGCAUUAUUCCAGGCUGCUCACCUCAGCAAGGGCUUCAAGGUUAAGCCUUUCGGAGUAGAGGAUUUGGUAAUACACCCUGUACAAGUGAACUUUAUAAGUCGACAGAAGCAAGAAAACGGUGAAGUGAUCGAGAAGCCAAUAACUCGACAGGUGUUCCAGUACAAGAGCAUUUAUCCUACACCCAAAAAGACCAUCACAUUUACCUCCUACACUGACGAUUUCUCAUUUGAUCUCAAUUAUCCUGACCUCACUCACUUCAACGAAGUGCAGCUAAAAGAAUUUGACAAUCUCACAUCUCAUUUAACUACUGUGUCCGUAUCCGGUUUGGCUAAGGCGCUUGAAGAAAAGAUGCAAAAAGAUCAGACGGAAUUUAUGGGAGUGAAGGUCGCUUUCCAAAUGGACUUAUCUGGAAUAUGUCAAAUAGAAAAGGCUGAAGCUGUUAUACAGCGUAAAAGCCAGGGAGUUGUAGAAUCUAUUACGAAAACAAUCAGUGGCUUCUUUUCGUCAAAAACAGAGGAAGGAGAACCGACGACCGAAGAGAGAAAGGAUGAAGAAUCAUCGGAUGAAGAGAAAGUUGUAACCGAAGAUGCGUCUUCAAAGGAAGAAAAAACUGCGCAGGAGAAAUCGGAUCAGAGCGCAGAAGAAGAAAAGCCGAAAGAGGAAAAGAAGGAUGAAUCUAAAGAAGAUGCUAGCAGUGAAACAAAAGAGAAGGACGAGAAGGAGACGGCGAGCAAGAAGGAAGAGAAAAAUGCCACUGCUGAAGUAAAGAAAAAGAUCCCAGAAAUAUCGAGGGUAGCGUUGAAGACAGAACAGAUCAUCACCACUACGCAUCUGAUGAGCAAGGCAGAAGUAGCCGAAUCGAAGAAAAUUUUGGAGCAAUUUGAAAAGCGUGAAAGGCAUGCAAGAGAGCGGGCAGCUGCAGAGAAUGAUCUUGAAGGUUAUGCGUUCGAGGUUAGCCAGCUACUGGAUAACGAAAACUUUGUGCUGCAUUCUACAGACGAUGAGAGGAAUAAGAUUGGUGAAGAGACGAAGCGCAUCCGAACUUGGCUUGAAGAUGAUACUACGCCGGACACAAAGACUGCAGAAUUCACCAAAAACCAUGUGACUCUCAAAGCGCUUGUCCGACCAGUGCUGCGGAGAGUUGAAGAGGCGAAGACUUUACCAGAGGCAAUCAAAAAUCUGGAAUCUAUUCUGAACUCAUCCAGAAUUAUGGCAAAUAUGGGUGGAGAUGACGAGAAGUCAUUAUUCAACAAGUCGGAUGCCGACGCAUUUGCCAAGAAGCUAGAUAGAUUAGAAAGCUGGUUUACGGAAAAGAAAGAAGAACAAGCGAAACGAAAACCUAAUGAAGAUCCAGCGCUGCUUACCAGUGAAGUGGCUGCCAAGUUGAAAGCUUUGGACCGAGAGCUCGGAUUGUUCAUGAAGAAGAUGCGUCAGACAAAACUUGAAGAUUUGGAGAAGAUGAUGAAGAAGAAAGACGCGGAUGGAAAAGAAAAGGCUGAAAAUGUUACGGAAAGCGAGAAGGAGGGCGAAAAGGCCAAAGAAGGAGAACAACCAAAGGAGGAAGCAGAAAAGGAGAAGGAAGAAGAGAAGAAGAAGGAGAAGGAAGAAGAAAAGAAGAAGGAAGAAGCUGUUAGAGCUGAGGAGGCUGCGAAAGAGGAACUUUAGUGGUUUUGUUACGGUUAGAUAUUUUUAGGGACUAUUCUAAGAGACCUCUACGAGGUUGCGGGAUGUUACUGGUAACUAUUAUAGCUUCUUCAUCUCAUAAUUUUCUCUCUUUUUUAUUUAUCUUGUUGAAAGUGGCAUCAUUGUCGACCGUUAUCUCAGAACUUUACACAUAUACAUCAAGGUGUUUACAUGGAUGUAAUCUUCGAUUAAAAUUAGGUCAGUCCGCUGUGAUUUUUAAUUUACUGAUUGGUUGUUGAUCGAAGCUUGUGCGUAUCUGUUUUGCAGUGGAUUUUUGGUUUGAAAUUGAGCAUUGAGUGUGCGAUUGUGAUCUUCGAUAGCUGUUGUUAUUUAAUAUUUAUUGGCUUUAUAAAUAUUACGAAAUGGUAGAA